GGCCGCCGCCCCCCUUCCGGCAUCCGCGGCGGCCGGGCCGCGCAGGAGGCGGGGUGAGAUGGCGGCUGCCGUGCCCGGCGCCUCCCGGGUCCGCGCCGCCGCCGCGCUGCUGCUGCUGCUGGGCUGCUGCGGCGCAGCGCUGGCCGGCGGCCCCCAGGAUCAAGCAGAGCAGUUUUUUAGAAGUGGACAUACAAAUAACUGGGCAGUUUUGGUGUGUACAUCUCGAUUCUGGUUUAAUUAUCGUCAUGUGGCAAAUACUCUCUCAGUGUACAGAAGUGUCAAGAGACUGGGCAUUCCUGAUAGUCACAUUGUCUUGAUGCUGGCAGAUGAUAUGGCGUGUAAUCCCAGAAAUCCCAAACCUGCCACUGUGUUUAGUCAUAAAAACAUGGAGCUAAAUGUCUAUGGGGAUGAUGUGGAAGUGGAUUACAGAAGCUAUGAGGUUACUGUUGAAAAUUUCUUGCGUGUUUUAACGGGAAGAAUCCCACCAAGCACACCACGAUCUAAACGCCUUCUUUCUGAUGACAGAAGCAAUAUUCUAAUAUAUAUGACAGGCCAUGGUGGAAAUGGUUUCCUAAAAUUUCAAGAUUCUGAAGAAAUCACAAAUGUAGAACUUGCUGAUGCCUUUGAACAAAUGUGGCAGAAAAGGAGGUACAAUGAAUUGUUGUUCAUCAUUGAUACUUGUCAAGGAGCAUCCAUGUAUGAACGAUUUUAUUCACCCAAUAUCAUGGCCUUGGCUAGCAGCCAAGUAGGAGAAGAUUCUUUAUCACAUCAGCCUGACCUGGGGAUUGGCGUUCAUCUCAUGGACAGAUACACGUUCUAUGUGUUAGAGUUCUUGGAAGAAAUUCAUCCAGCCAGCCAGACAAAUAUGAAUGACCUAUUUCAGGUCUGUCCAAAAAGCUUGUGUGUUUCCACGCCUGGGCACCGGACCGACCUGUUCCAGCGAGACCCUCAGAAGGUUCUGAUCACAGACUUCUUUGGCAGUGUCAGGAAGGUGGAGAUCACCACAGAGACUCUCUCCUUGGACCGCCACGUGCCUGGCUUCGAGAGCAAGUUUCCAGAGGAAGAGUUGGCAACAGAGCCACUAAAAUAUGCUGAACAACUUCCUGUAGCUCAGAUAAUACACCAGAAACCAAAACAAAAGGAUUGGCAUCCUCCUGGAGGAUUUAUUUUAGGACUCUGGGCAUUGAUCAUCAUGGUUUUCUUCAAAACAUAUGGAAUCAAGCACAUGAAACAUGUCUUCUGAACUGGAGCAAACAAGAUACUUGCAUUGGCUGCUGCUUUGGGUUCCUGGGUAUCACCUGUGUUCUCUGCAUUUGGAGUAUGGUUGUGUCAAAACACUGUGUUGACAUCUCACUUCUAAAGGUUCUUUUGAAGCCAUCUCUUCUGCCCCUUUUUCUGGAAAGAUUCUAACAAAUGGUUUUAAUGUUACUGUUUUUUCACUUUCUCUUGAUUUAAACAUAUUUUAAUGCUUUUCUGAGCAUCUUUUCUUUCUGGUUAAAAAGGGCAGUAACAGGAUUUCUGUGGCUGCUUCUGGAUUGUAAAUGGGCAAAUUCUUUGCACCGGACUUUGAAGUAAAUCUUAGAAGAAGUCACCUAUUACUAAAGAACUGGACACCGUGGAAAACGUUCUUUAAGAUGUCACUAUGUCUAUAAAAACUUAACCUACUUUGCAGACUUUGGCAUGGCAUAUUGAAAGCUUUCUUCACAAAAAUAAAAAUACUCUGGAAUA